AUAUGAUAAGAGUUAUCUAUAAUAUAUCUCAGUUCCAACUUGGACAAAGUGUAACCGAAUUAUGGAAAUUAAACGUAUUUUCAGCAUCUGUGUAUGUUUUUCAUCCAUAUAUGGUGUAUUGAGUGUUGAUUGUACAGGAAGACAGGAUGGAGUUUAUGAAAGAGGAUGUAAAGCAUUUACCAAAUGUGUCAAUGAAACAGCAGAAAUAGUCAACUGCAAAAACAAAACCAGAUUCAAUCCUGACACAAAUGAAUGUGAUUAUGAAUUUCAUGUACCACCACCAUGCGGAACAUACAGGGAAUGUGUUCAUCUAGGAGAUGGGAAUUACCCGGAUAUCGAACAUAUGUGUACCUCUUUUUACACAUGUCUAGGAGGAAUAUUUCUAGGUCACACACCCUGUGCACCAGGACUGGUAUUUAACCAAGGGCUCCAGGUCUGUGACUGGCCCUUUAAUGUUACAAAGCCAUGCGGAAUAUUGGAAGCAUGACGUGUCAUAAGAUAAAGCUUUCUGUUUUCCUCCUACCUCAUUUUCGUUUUGUCUGACAACUUUUCAUUCUACCUCAUAUUCAUCGGAAAAUGCAAUAAAGUGAAAGAAUUGCUCAGGGAACUCACAGAUGUUUUACUUUUUACGCAAAUAGUUUGAUGAAAUAAAGAUAUUUGUUGUAUAUAUGUACUUUAAAAAAAAAUGAAAA